AUGACCCUGAGAAACUUUGGUCUGGGAAGCAGUCUAUGGAGGAAAGGAUUCUGGAGGAGACAUCAUACAUCAUUGCACCCUUGGAGAAAAGUGUUGGUAUGAAAGUAUAACAUUUAAAAUUGACAUUAAUCUGUCUUUGUGGUAAAGAAACGUAUCAUACUUGUCAUUUAACUGAUCAUAAAUAGAUAAUAACUACUACUAUAUAUUUUUAUUUUGUACAGGGAGGCACUCAGACUAUCUUCCAUAAAUCUUCAUUCAAUAUCCUUUAUCUUGUACUAUUUGGGUCCCGCUAUGAAUAUGACGACAAGUUUCUUAAGUUCUUCAUUCGUAUCUUCACUGAGAAUGCGAAGAUCACUAAUGGACCCUGGGCAUUG